AUGGAAAUGGAAGAAAUACAAGAAUUAGUUUACGCCGAUAUCCGUAAACCUAAACAACAUUUUAAAUCUGAUGCUGUGGACGAAGUUAUAGAAAGUGAAGGCUCCACAUUAGUGGCCAGAGACUCAAGUAAUUCAUCAUCAGAUGGUAGCUUAAGAAAUAGAUCACUCUCCCCAUCAAAAGAGAUGACUCCCGAGAUGACUACCAACAUGAAAUCUAGCGACCACAUGGACACUACAGAUAUAAGCAACCAGUGUAAUGGCAAAAGCCAAAAAGAUGCCACAAUGGAAAAAGAAGCCCGUAUACAUGACAAGAUUUUAGAGAAAUCUCAAAUACCGUAUGGUAAAAUGCAAUACAGCCUUUAUUCUGGGUUAUUAGUUGUUUUAUCAAUCGUGUUUGUUAUUUGUAGAGCGAUAAAUUAUAUGCUUAAUAAACUUAGAUUAAAAAUCUCCGAUAUAUUAAAUACUCAUUCUCAUUCCCCACAGAUUAUUAAACAUGAUAUCAAAUCAUUAGAUAAAAAACCUACAAGAUUAGGAGCCAUUUUAAAUAAGAAAUCUAUUAGUGAAAUCAAUGGCGGUAUUAAUGGAUUACUGAACGAUGCAAGUGAAUUAAUCUGUUGGACAGUUGCAUCUGAAAUCCCAACUAUAAUUCUUUAUGAUUAUAAUGGCCAAUUGAAGAAUCAUCUGAUGGAAUUGAAAAAUGAAAUCUAUGUUAAAUUGACUGAAUAUUUUGGUAAAGGUGCUUCAGAAAAUAUUCCAAACUACUCAAUUAAAAUUCCUCAUUCUAAUAAAACUAUUUAUUAUGAUGAAUCAAACAAAUCCAAUAGUUGUAUUGAAAUUAUCUUACUGUCAUCUAUAGACGGCAAAGGAACUAUUGUCGAUUUGACCAAGACUAUGAGUCAACUCUACCACUCCAACGAUCUAAAUAUUAACGAUAUCACUGUUGAUCUAGUUCAAAAUGAAUUGACCCAACUGGUGGGUCCAGAACCAGAUCUAUUACUGAUAUUCUCUCCAUCUUUGGACUUCCAAGACUUCCCACCAUGGCAUUUAAGACUUACUGAAUUUUAUUUUGAACAAGAUAACGAUCAAGUCACUUACUCAACGUUUAGAAAUGGGCUAAGAAAGUAUGCUGGCUGUAAAGUCAAUAUUGGGAGAUAA